AUGUUUGAGCACUCACAGUUGGUUGGUGGUACUUGGCCGUGGGCAUACCCAGCUUUAUGCUUCUCAUGUGGUUACUUUGCAUAUGAUCAGUGGGAUAUGCUGCACUACCGGUUAUACAGUGGAUUGAUUCCUUCCAUCCUUGUGCAUCAUCUGUUGCUAUUGGUUUGCUUCACUCUUGCUUUAUACCGAAAUAUUACUAUCAACUACCUUAUUCUUACUCUCAUUUGUGAGCUGCCAGUUAUGUAUUACACUGAUGAUGAACUCAUUAUGUCUAUACAGCUACAUCCCAUAUUUUUACAUGUGAGGAAAGUAAGACAGAUGGCUGGGAUUCGUGAUGCCAAGAGUAGAAUUGUUAGAGUGGAGUGGAUUCUCAAUUGGACCAUGUUUGUUCUUGCGAGGUUUGCAUCUCAUGUUCUGAUCACUGUCAAGCUGAUUAAAGAUGCUUCCAAGUUUGAAAAGGGCAUUGAGUUGCCACUUGCUUUGUUUGGGAUGUUUGGCAUGAACUUGCUUAAUUUUUUCCUUGCCAUUGAUCUCUUCAAGGCAUUCAGGAAGAGAAAACACCAGCACAGAUGA